AUGGCGCAGACGGCUAGCAUCGUCGUUGCGGGCGCGUCGAUAGCAGCACUCGUGUCGCAACCCGCGCUGAGAGGCAAUCUGAUGGCUAUGCUCGCCAAAUGGACAGGAUACAACGCGCCUGGAGGCGUGUGGAGGAUAGCAGCGAUUCUUCUCGCAUUAGCCAACCUCAAGAAUUUGCCGUUCGUAUGGCAUCUACGCUUCAUUCGUGCCUUCUUCUAUCAGCUCUAUCUCCAACCGACCCCGAUCCCUCCGCAUGCGCUCUUCCAACCGAUCAUAACCUCGACCCGCACUACGCUCCUCGAAACAGACUACAACAUGCACAAGUCCAACAGCACUUACUUUAGCGACAUGGACAUAUCACGUACACAUCUCUUCACCGCGCUUAUCCGCAACGGUAUCAGGAAGAACAGUCGUCUCUAUGGUGCCAAGAAGAAUGCAGUAGCAGGAGCCGUAGGUGCAACGGAAGGCACACGGGGUAAGCACAUGAUUGCGCUAGGUGGCAUAAGCUGUCUGUUCAAGAAAGAGAUACUGCCGUACAAGAAGUACGAGAUGUGGACAAGACUUCUCUGCUGGGACAGGAAGUGGUUCUAUCUAGUCACACAUCUAGUCAAGCCUGGUGUAGGACAACCAGAGAGCUGGACACUGCAACCUUGGAAGAAGUCUAAGAGCAACAAGGACGUGGAUCCCGAAAAGCUGAAGGGCGCUGUAUAUGCAACUGCGAUUGCAAAGUAUGUUAUCAAGAGAGGCAGAAUUACAGUCCCACCUGAGCAGGCGCUGAUCGAUGCCGAUAUGGUCCCAAUGAAGCCAGAAGGCUGGGUCUAUCAGGGCCAAGUACCUGAAGAAUAUGAAGCGAAUGGCGAUGUUCUGCCUAAGGCUGUCGAAGCGAAGGAUUGGAACUGGGACGUUAUCGAGGCAGAGCGAUUAAGGGGCUUGAAGGUGGCUGAGAACUUUGCAGCAAUGGACGGCAUGCACGACUUCUUUGAUGGCGGAAAGGAUGGGGUUUUGGGAGAAUAUCCGGAUUUGUUAUUCUAA